AUGCUUGUUCAAAUGCAAGAUAUUGAUCAUAUCUGGGAUCCAGCAUCUCUACCAGGUAAUGGUACACGGCCUUGGAGAUCUCAUCGACCGAAUCUUCUAAGUAAUUCAGUUUUGAUCAAUUUUUGUUUUUUUGAUAGCCAUUUUGGAUCGAUUAAUAAUAGAUUUUUUCUUUUGAUCUCUGUCGAGAAAAUGGCUAUUGCAUCCAAUCGUGAAUCAAUUAUUAUUUCGAAAACAAAUGACCAAUUUGAUACGAACUAUCCUAAUAGUUUAAGUGGUAUUAUUAAUGAAUUUGAAUAUCAACGAUCUAUCUCCAAUAUUAAUCAAGUAGCCGGCAAGUCAAUUUGCUCUACUUUUACGAUUUGGAUUAUUGUUAUUGUUGGAAUUUUCUAUCUAACUUUUAAUUUAACAAUGGCUUUCUCAAAUCCCACGUUUGGAAGAAAUAUUGAUCCGCGCAUUUUUUUUAUUUUCUUAUUAGUCUGCAAUAUACCAGCAGCUAUAUUAAAUCUUAUACGGGAGGCAAAACUCUCGAAGGUCAUUAAUCAAGAAUCAGAAAAAUAUGCGAGACGAUUACCGAUAAGUUGCACAUGGCGAUUGGGAGCAUCUUCUCUUAAUCAUUUGUGCCAAGAAACUGUACGUCCUAUUAUUCCACUACUCUUGAAUCAUUUUCAAUUUCGUUAA